UGGAUCAGGAGACCUGGACAACAUGAAAAAAUCUGCUGUAACUGCGUUGGCUUUGCUGUUUGUCGGCGUCUUCACAUUUGUCACUGCAGACCCAAAAAACAUCGCAGCUGAGUCUGGACAGGAUGUCACUCUGACAUGUCGAGCUUCAAAUAACAGCAUCAUAGUUGUUGAGUGGAGCAGAGCUGACUCUAAUACACAACAUGUCCUGUUGUACCGAGAUGAACAGUUCGAACCAGAAGAGCAGCAUCCAUCUUUUAAGAACCGGGUGGAUCUGCAGGACAGACAGAUGAAGGAUGGAGACGUGUCUUUGAUUCUGAAGGAUGUGACGAUUAAUGACACUGGAACAUACGAGUGUCAUGUGUUCAGGAAAAGACAAAAACAUGGACGGACUUCCCACUUGAAGACUGAGCCCAUUUGCAUCAUAAACCUGAGUGUUGUUGUUCCUCCAGGUCAGACAGGAGGAGACACAGAGGAUGGAUCUGUUGGACUGAUUGUUGGUCUGUCAGUUCCUGCUGUGCUUCUUGUUGUUGGUGGUUUUCUCAUUUACACAAAUCGUAGACAACAACAGGAUCCAUACCAGCCUCCAGUUGAACUCCAGCGUGUUUGAAAUCAUUCACAGCUUUUUCCAGCUGGUCUGUGAGUCUCCUGCUGCUGUUCCACUUCUCAAUGUUAUCAUUGAACAGAGGCAGACAUUGGGUUUUUGUGUAAUAACAUCAAAUACUCAAAUAGUCUGCUCUGUGUUCCAGCCUUAACUUUGGACAAAAUGGAUCUAGUAACGUCUUUUAAUUCUUAUGAUUUGGGUGAUCUGUAAUGGUUUAAAAAAACAAACAAAUCAACAAGAAAAAAAAACUUCCUCUUUGAUUCAGAAUUGCAAAAAUUCAAAGUAAUUAAAAAGAAUACUAUUGCCAUAGUAAUUAAGAUAUGUGACAGUCCAAUGUAUCUAAAAUAAGAGAAUGUCUAGGAGAUCUGGUUCAUAUUGGCUGAACUGACGUUUUUUGCUCCAGUAAUGUUUUUGAAUUUUAAUGAUUUUCACUACAAAGAGAAUAGAAUAUCUAGGAUAUAUCUUUCUAAUAAAAUCGUAAUAGCAGACUUCACAAAACUACAGCAAAGAAUCGUAUUUAGUUGAUUUUUUUCUGUUUAAUCAAAAACACGACAUUACAUUUUCAUGCAGCUUUCAUGCUGAAUUGAGU